AUGCCCGUCCCACAUGGUUCACCUGAAUCGUAUGCCGGUUCCUUACCAUUUAUGACACCAAGGACGCCAAUAUCUCCGGACGAUACUCGCUCUGUCCUAGGAACAGGAGGUUUCCCUCAUGUCAAGUCACGACUCGACACUACUCGGGGGGAUAAGGCCAAGCAAUCAGGUGCAUUCAGAAGGACCGGAAACGUAUUUAAUCAUCCAUUGGAAGAUAAAGAUCAAUUAAAAGGGCUGCUGAAACUCGGACAAACCCAUGGACAAACCUCACUUGGAAGCCUCGAAUCUAUCCGCAGCUUCAGUCGCUCAGGUGACACGCCGCCGACUAUUCCAGACUACACUACAAUUGCCAGGGAGAAAACCAAAAUUCACUACGAGGGUGUGCAUAGAGCAGCUGUGUUGCUUGCAGAAAAGCAAAGAGCAAACACAUAUGUUGAUUUACUGCGAGUGGACGAGCCACCAGCCACCAGCAAUGCAAAGAGUAAAGGACAUCCUAUGAAGGAAUUGGUUAGUCAUGCCCGACACCAAUUUGAUGUUAUAGAACGGGUAGAUCACUCGUUUAUCAAAACAUGCGCUGGGAUCAUUGGACGAAAAAAGGAGGCAGAAAGGUUCGCCCAAGCGGAAGCCCGAAAACAAGACCAAAUUCCAACUAGCUAUGCUGCAUGGAAGAAGUUGAGUGAAGCUCGCCAAGUGAAGGUUGCCCGUUUCCUCCAGACAGCAGAUGAGCAUAAAGAUUCCAUUUUGGUUGCUAAUAAUUGGAAUAGAGAGGAUGCUAUGAGGCUACAUCAGGAGUAUCUGGAUCAGCCUGAGUUCAAGGACGAAGUCAGUACGCUCUUAGCGAGGCGAAUAACAACCGACCCUCGCAAGCGGCCGACAACAACACAAACGCCCAAUCCCCACGCCCAAUGA